AUGUUCAACUCUGACUCACCUACAUGGGUCCGACCCAACGAUACAGAAGAAUUCAAGCGGCAGUAUAAGGUCGACGCUUCUGACUUAUUUAACCACAUUGCCGUCCUCAUCCAAAUUAUCCGCAACGAAAGGGAUACCGCUUGUACAAAACUCGCCGCCGUCAAUGAAACCAUCAACAACUUCGAGGAGCAAGUAACUCAGCUCAACCUCGACCUCAAUGUCGCUCGCACCUUAACCACCCCUACCUUCUCUGCCCCCAUUGUCACUGCUCCCCCACCUACUACUGUCUCCACCUUCAGGUCCGAAAAGUUCACAGACCCUGAAAAAUUCGACUGGACCCGUACCAAGCUCCCCGGAUUCACCACUCAACUCCGAAUGAAACUUGAGGUCAACAACGAUCGAUUCCAAAACGUGGCAGGAAAAGGUAUCUAUGCCAUCAGCCGCAUGGAAGGAAGAGCCCUUGACUAG